CGCUGCUUUGUAUCGAUGGUCGCAUGUGCAAUGUUCAAUGCAGCAGCUUCACUCGUGUAGUCGCAAAAAAUCACCCUCUGCAUCAUUUCUUUAAACCGCGUCUUUACUUGCUACACCCUACACCUCCCUCUCCGCCGCGCGCGAACACACCAAGAUGGACGGAAUGAACUACGACCCCAUGGUCAUGGACGGGGAGCCCGAGCAGCCCCAAGUCAAGAUCUCAGCGGCCGAUAUCACAAAGGUCGACUUUGAGCUCUCCAAGACGAACCUCGCCUUUGCCAACGCCCUGCGCCGAAUCAUCCAAGCCGAGGUGCCGACGAUCGCCAUCGACCUGGUAGAAAUCGAAGUCAACAGCUCAGUGCUGGCUGACGAGUUCAUUGCCCACCGCCUGGGCCUCAUCCCUCUCGAUUCGAAAGAAGUUGGCGAGCUCAACUACUCCCGUGACUGCGACUGCGAGCAAUACUGCGAACACUGCAGCGUGACACUCUCCCUACACGCCAAGUGCACAUCCGACGAUAUUAUGAAGGUCUAUGCGCGUGACCUUGUCGUCGACGGCCGACACGCAAACGCGGUUGGUGGCCCCGUCAUAAGAGACCCAGAGGGCUACGGCUGCUUGAUUGCGAAGCUGCGAAAGGACCAGGAGUUGAAGAUUACGUGCAUUGCCAAGAAGGGAAUCGCAAAGGAGCACGCCAAAUGGAUGCCGACGUCUGCUGUGGGAUUCGAAUAUGACCCUCACAACAAGUUGCACCACAUUGACAUGUGGUUCGAGAACGAUACAGACCCAGAAGUGGAAUGGUGAGUUAUCAACCGCGCUGUGCCAUGUGAACUUGGGUAAGACAGGACUGACGAUUGGUAGGCCGAAGAGCAAGUACGCCCAG